GAGCUGGGAAUACUGGAGGCAUCGAGGGAUCUGUCCUCCUCACAGGAGAGCAAGGCCACUACCCCGCGUAGCGAGGUGAAGAGGGCGCCAAGGCAGCGGGAGCUGCUGCUGCCUCAGCGCAAGUCAGCCCGCAUGGCCGCCAAGGGGGAGCGACCAAGAUACGUUGAGGAGGUCGAAGUCAAGCCAUUGGCUCGCUCAAGGCAAGCAGGCCGCCGUGUGAGCCGCGAGGCAGAGUAUCACCGCCGCGUGCCGGCCUCGCCAGAGGCAGAGGAGAGGGCGCUGCGAGCAGCCUGUGAAUUUGCUGAAGCUCUCAACAGGGGACGGUGCGGAAGGGGGAAAGGGGAGGCGAUGGUGAAGGCGAUGGUGCGAUCUCACGUGCAUGGGUGCUUCUGGCUGGGCCUGAACAGAAGCUUCUGCACAGCACACCUCCCUCGCAGCAUCGCCACUCUCACUCUCAAAGUCGACCCGCCACAAGGCACUGCGGAACCCAAGGACAGCACCGAAGCCGAUCCCUCUCAAGGCACUAGCGAGGUGACUUCUGAAUCGACUCAAAAGUCAUCUGAUUUCAAGAGCAGCACUGCAGCAGCUGAUCCAGAGGACACCUCUCGGGGCUCCAGCAGUUCAAAGGACAGCGUAGGAGGAAAGGGAGAUGGGGACGGGGAGGAAAAGAAGAGAGACGUGAAAGCAGACAGGAAACGGGCUAGGAGCGGAAAGCAGGAGCCGCAGGAGGGGGACUCAGAGGAGGGGGAGUUGCAGCAGCUGCUGGGGGAGAGGAGGGCGGUGAUGGGGGGGGCGUAUGCAGUGGGGGAGGGCGAAUGGCGGGCUACCUAUCUGCCUCACAAGACGGGGUUAAGUGGCGGGUGGAGGGGGUUCGCUUUGGACCAGGAACUAGAUGCGGGCGAUGCCGUGGUGUUUGAGAAGAUGGACUCGCUCACACUCAAGGUUCACAUCUUCCGAGCAGCAGACUUUGAGGAGGAUGCAACUGCGAUCAAGUCGGAGGGCAGGCCAGCAAAUACCAAGAGGAAAACCAAUGCCUGA